AUGGGAAAGACAACAGCAGCAAAGACCGAAACUAAAAGUAAGCCAAAGGCGGAAGCGAAAGAAAAAAAGCCUCCAACCGUGUAUAAUUUGUUUAUGCGAUCGCAGCUUCCUAAAAUCAAAGCCGAGAAUCCAGGACUUGAACACAAAGCCGCUUUUAAACUUGUCGCUGAGGCUUGGGCCAAAUC